CGCAGUGGCUUAUCCCUCCUUCCAGCAGCAGCUGCCGCUGAAGGGCGAAGGCAGGGUUUGCGUCGACAAGCACUUCAUGGCUUAUCCCUCCUUCCAGCAGCAGCUGCCGCUCAAGGGCGAAGGCAGGGUUUGCGUGGACAAGCACUUCAUAACUUCUGUGGGCCCGGGGAGCGCAAUGGAGUUUGCUUUGGAGAUUGUGAAGCGUCUCGUUGGCGAAGCAAAAUAUGAAGAGUUGAAGAAGGGCCUUUGCAUGCCCUAG